UAAAAAUCUUUGGUAAAUCUUAUUAUGUUAGAAGACCCUAGUGUGGAUUCCAUGGCAGCUGCACUCUUGAAAAAGUUUUGGAAAAUUGCAAGUGCACUCUUGCACAUGUGACAAGUAUGGUUUAGGUGUUUUUUUUAAGAUUACAAAAAUGAAUUUCUAAAUUUUUUUACACAACUGAGUCUUGUGUUCAGGCUUGCCAAAAAGUUCAGAGCUGCUUAGCUGAAAGAUGUGGCCCUGUGAGCAAAGGGAACAGAAAGUUUUAUGAUCAAGUUCAUUGAGUUUAGCUUAAAAUACAUUUCAGAAUAUUUUUUACAGUCAUUUUUUUGCAAUCCUUUGAAAUGAUUUGCCAUAUUUUAGGCCCUCUUUGCAACCCCCUAGACCUAAUUCCUUUGACAAUGUGCUCUCUGUCCCCCUCUUAGUGACCCAGCUUGAGAUCAUCAAUUAGGUUUGUCAUGUUUCUAGCCUUUUUAAAAGUUAUUUUUAAAAUUAUUCCUUUAAUUGCUAGAACAAUAGGAAUUUGAACAACAGCCACUUACGGUAGUUGUUGGAAAGCUUAGUUUCAACUUUCAAUCAUUUAACUUGCCUGUGGGGGUAGAGUGAUAUUAGCACGAUGGGUAAUUCCAUGUCCAAUCAUCCAGGAUUGCUUUGAUUUUCACACAAUAGUUAAAUAUGAUCAAGUUACACUACUUUCCCAAAUUUCAGAAGAAUAACUUAAAUAUAUACAUUUCAAGUUAUUAUAGUUUAAAGAUUUUGCUAAUCUCAGCAAUUUUCAAAAUUAAAAAAGGCAUGGCCAUUCAAGCCGUCACUCUCUAAAUGCGUAUAUCCCUGUUUUAUAAACGACAUGUAGCUGAAAAUGCGUAUCCAACCUUUUCUGAGGCUGUCAAUUCCAUAAAUCAAGUCAAUUUUAUCAGUGGGGGUAGGGGAAAGAUGUUACAAAGAUGUUUGCUAAUUUGCACGGUAAAGCUCACACCCUGUUCUUGAUUGCAAGUUUUGGGGUGUAGCCAGGUGACUAUGACGUUAACUUAGAAUUUAACAGCAAAUUUAACUUGGUAACUAGGCAUGUAAAAGAAACACGUAUCAAUUUAUUAUUCUGUUUAAAAACACUCAAAGUGUUUGAGUGUAACUAGGGGACAGUUGAACAUUUUGUGGUAUGGGAAUGCAAUAGAACAAUGCUGAUUAAAUAUAUGUGUUACUGGACACUUCCUGAAACUUAAUAGCACUUCCUUGAUAAUUCCUUCCUUAACACAAAUAUUUGGGUGUUGCCAGGCUAGUUGUAGAGAAGUUGUGUUGCAAAAUGGAAGCUAAAUGUACUUUUGGAUUAUUACUGGAGGAUGAGUGCCAUAAACAUUCAUACAGCAGACAAACAGGUUUGAAGAGUUUAUCUGAACUUUCUGAUGAUAGUUGCGAGGUCUACCUGUGGAGAGCUGGUUUGCUGGACAAAGUUGAUUGUAAAUUUGAAGGUACUAUAUGCCUUCAUCACGAAUAUGUGUUCAGGACAAAGUAUGAAGAAAAAGAAAAGAAAUGCUGCAACUUGUUUAAAAAGCACAAAAAGAAAGCUGUUGGCAGCCUCACUUUAAAACUGGAGCUGGCUAAGCAGUUGAAAGACAAAGGUAUUUCUGUUGUACCAGGUUCAAAGCUGUGUAGAAACUGCGAUGAAAUGGUGAUAUCUGAAGAAAAGACAGAGUCCAGAGAGGGAAAACCUCUACAACCAGAAGAUCCAGACCCUACUUCAAAAGAGGAGGAGGAUUUUGAACUAUCAUCUAGAGAAAGGUUAGAAACAAGUUUUGAACUUGCAGGGGUAUCCCCAAUUAAAUUACACAGCUUACCUAAGAGUCGAAAGGUAUCAGUAGCAAAAGAAAAACUGCAAAAGCAGCGAAAGUUAUUGGAGUUGAUGAUUGGAGUUGAUGUCCUACAAAUGCUAUCACUACAGGAACCUGAGAUUUCCCUUAAAAAAGAAGAAUCAGAUAAAGCUAAAAACUAUGAUGAGCUUUUAUACAACUUAAAAGAAAACAUUAUUUGCUCUGGAUACAGGGAGAAAAUCCAAAUCUUGACUUUAGCCCCUGACUUAUGGCCAAGAGCAAAGGUUGUAGAGUUUUUUGGAGUUUCUGAGUACCUUUUUAAAACUGCAAGAUCUGUAAAGAAGGAGAAAGGAAUACUUGCCAUUCCUGAGUCAAAGAAGGGGAAAAAAUUGCCUGACUAAACAGA